ACCCCUUACGUUCUCUCCACAGUAUAAUAACCACGCGAGCGUUAAACAACCUCAGACCUCAGAAAAAAUGUAUCGUCCGCUACGCCAGUCAUUCCUCUCAUCAUUAUGGGGGAUGAGUACCGGUGAUCCGACCUCUCCCCUCCUGGGCUCCACACCAGAAGCGACUGCAACACCACCCGCCUCACAGCUGACUGGGCAAGAACAUUACCAACUCCCGCUGCUCACCGUUGAUGAUCUUCGGAUGUUCGACAGCGUCUGCAGCGAAACGUUAGCUGAGGAUGUGUCGAGCUGGCUCAGCUCUGCGAGACCUGAUCUGCACCCAGACAUCGGUGAGGAUUCGGACACAACUCUGGAAAUUUCACUGCUUACGGAAUUCGAGCCUGCACCGGCAGCCUCUUACAGCCCGACUCCAGAGUCUGGACCGGCCUCGCUUCAGCCAACGUGGCCUUC